GAGCUGCUGUCGUGUCUGUAGCAGACAAGGAAGUUAGCUCCUUAAUGGUCAGGCCAUUUACGUCCUUUUCCAAGCAGGACAUGAGCCGUUUGAGAUGGGAUUUAGGAUUAGCUUUGCUGCAAGAGGAUUAGGGGCAUUAAUGACACCAAGCCCUGUGUUAGCUGUUGAGUGCAUUGUGUGUGCAGGUCACUGAGUCUGUUCUCAUUUUGUCAGGUCCGUCUACAGACAAGGCUCUCAGCAUAAUGGCCCAGCACACCCGAGAGAUAGAUGACCUGCUUAUGUACUUCAUCCUGCUGGAAAGCUUCCCUGUAGGGGCCCAUACAGUAGAGGCCGGCAGGUUGUGCUUCAUGAGUGAAGAGGCUUAUGUCCAGCACGUGGCAAGUGACCACCCUUCUCCGCACUGCCUCCGAGUCAAUGUGCUAGGGGAGAACAACGCCACGGAGGUAGAUGUUAACGUCCUGCAUCCGUUAAGCACUAACCAAGCUGCUCUACUGCUAGCGGUGAAGAACUCUGCAGAGAGGCUCAACUGCUUCCUAGAGAGGGGUCUACUGGAGCACGCGCUACUCGCAAAGGUGGGACAACAUGUUCUGGCAGAGCACGAGCAGAGCAUAUACCCAGCCCUCAUUCACUUUAUUGGGAACAUCUCUGACAACUGUAUACUUCCCCCUGUGUACUUUGGUGUGGAGCUAGAGGGUGAUGGUGAAGGUAAAGGCCAAAACAGCGGCUCCCAUAAAGACACAGCAUUCUUCAAGUGCAAGAAAAACAGCGGCCUUUUCCUUCCCUUCAACAAGAUCAUUUUCACAGGACCUUUGCCGUACUCUGAUGUAAGCGCGUCAUUCGCCAAGACCGAUGUGAUCAGCCCAGUAAAAUCUGGGGAUAAAGUUGCGUUUUAUGUUGAAAACACCUUAAAACGAGGUUUAGUUAUGGCUACCAGCAAUCCGGGCUCGGACAGCUGUGUGGAGGUUCUAAUGGAAGAUGGGCCGAUAGAUGAUGUUUUAAAAAUUCCCCUGGUCUCUGUCAUGAAGGAAGAGGCACCGCCGUCAGAGCUUCAUACUGAUUCAGUCCUGCAUGGAAAAUCACCUAUAAGCCACAGCACAAGCAACGGGGAGCAGAAAAAAGAAGAUAUUGAUCAAAGACAUUUGGAAGUCAAUUCUAUGGUGCAGAUCCAGUAUAAUGAAAGGGAUCUGGUUUAUGGAACCAUCCGAUGGUUGGGUCAUCUGCCUGAAAUAGAAGAUUUAAUGGCUGGGGUGGAACUAGAAGAUGGAAAGGGCUACACCGACGGCACAUUGAAGAAUCAUCAGUAUUUCUCCUGCACACCUAAACAAGGCAUAUUUGUGAAGCUCAAAGCCUGUAAACCAGACCCUCGCUUCCUGCCCAAGAUGAAUUCUUUACCGAUGAGCCUCGACCCCAGCACAAACAGUCUGUGUGUAGCUGCUAGUCACAAGAUUAUGGAGAAGGUGCCUCCUCUUCAUGGUGGUGCAGCAGUGGAGAUGCUAAAGGGACGAAUGAAGGGAAUCCAGGGACACUGCAAUUCCUGUUACAUGGAUGCGGCUCUGUUCAGUCUCUUCUCCUGCAGCUCAGUGCUGGAUUCUUUACUCUUCAAACCCUCGUCCAUCACUGAUGGGCACAUCCAGAGGAUCCUGCGAGAGGAGAUUGUCAACCCCCUGCGCAGGAUUGGUUACGUCCCCGCUAGUAGCGUGAUGAUGCUCAGACAGCAGCUGAAGCAGGAGAGCCAGUGCGACAGCUUUACCACGUCUGAAAAAGACCCAGAGGAGUUUCUCAAUCUUAUUGUGCAUCGUAUCCUGGGAAUGGAGCCUCUUCUGAAACUCUGCUCAAAGGAUCAGAGUGUGCAGGCCUCUUACUGUUACCAGAUCUUUAUUGAGAAGCAGCAGACACUGACCAUACCUAAUGUUCAGCAGCUUCUGGAGCACUCAUUCCACCACUCCAACCUGAAGCUGGCCGAGGUCCCAUCCUGCUUCAUUAUACAGAUGCCUCGCUUUGGAAAAGACUACAAGAUGUUCAGUAAAAUUAUCCCGUCUCUAGAGCUGGACAUCACAGAUCUGCUGCAGGACAGCCCCAGGGAGUGUGUUGUGUGCGGGGCGUUGGCCACUAAAGAGUGCUCUGAAUGCUUUAAAGACAAAGUUCUCUCCGAGUCUGGGCUCAAGCAUUAUUGUGAUGUUUGCGCUAAACAGGUGCAUUCACACCACAAGCGCAGGACGCACAGGCUGACCUCUCUACAGAUACCUGUGGGCGUUCAGCAGGGGCAGACGCUGGCUCAGGUCCCCAGGGAGACACUGGAUCUGUUUGCUGUGUUGUGCAUAGAGACCAGCCAUUAUGUGUCAUUUGUUAAAUAUGGACCAGAGAAGGGCAGCUGGAUGUUUUUUGACAGCAUGGCUGACCGUUACGGUGAUGAGAAUGGCUACAACAUCCCAGAGGUCAGCUUGUGCCCAGAGGUCGCCAUCUACUUGGCCUCUCCGGUGAAGGAGCUGGCAAGUCAGAACCCCAGAGAUAUGAAAGGUGUGGCCAAGCGACUCUUCUGUGAUGCCUACAUGUACCUGUACCAGAGCAAGAGCAUGGCCCUGUACAAAUGACAUCUGGCUACUAGAGCACCACAAGUUUUGCUAAUAGGUGAAGAUGGUAUUGGAAGAGGUCAACUAAAAAGUGAUGUCUGGGCCUGUUUGGGAAAUAAAUGACCAACCAACACACCGUUCCUGCUUAUUACCUGCUGGCUACUUGCUUUACAAAUGUCUAGUACUGUAAAGAUUACAAUACUGAGCAGAAGUUGUCUGGAAGAUCUGGAACCUCACAGUCUCCUUUCCUUCAGCUUGUGUAGGGAGCAAACUAAGACUCCCGCUUCCCAUUGCCUCUUUAGUUCAUUACGAGUCCAAUUAAUCACUAUAGAUAUAUAGUGCUGUGAUUUAACCCUUCUACUAGUUUAUUUCUAUCAUCUUUGGGAAGUAAGGGGUGCUUUCAUUCUCAGAUCUUAAAAGUACACUCUAGUAUAAUAACAAUAUGCUUUAGUUCAUUUUGUUAGUAAUUAUAUGUUAACCUACUGCAAGUAAAAAAAAAAAAAAACAUAGUUAAAGUUGCACUGAGGGGCCCCAGCGGGUUGCUGCUAGUGGGCAUGACGUAGUCAGUUAGUUCAUCCGGAGCAGCAUAUGCACAUAGAGGCCUGUUAUCUGCCCUGCUUGGUGCCGCAGUGCAUUGCAGCUCUUGAGUGCACUUUAAUUAUUAAUAAAAAUUUGUUAUACCACAUCACUUUAUUAUUAUACCUUUAUACACAUUUAAGCUCAUUUCUGUGUCUCAGGUACAUGCCAACAUUUAAUAUGGUUAGAGUACUUACAUCCUAUGGCCCCUGGGUCAGGAGAGUGUGUCUAGUGGGUUUGCCACACCACAUGCAUACAGCUGUUACCCAGAAAUACCUCCUAUAACUCCUUAGUAUCACAACACACAGGCACACACAUACAAUCACAUAUACUCACACACAUUCAUAUACCCAUACAUACACACACAAAACAUGUGCACAAAUAAACACACACACAUUCAUAUACCCAUACUGACACACAGACACAAGCACAGUACAUACACACAACAAAAAUACCCACUUACAAUACACAUAUACACUUGUCACAUAGACACACACACACAUUCAUAUACCCAUACAUAGGUACACACGCACACAAUACAGACACAAGCACAGUACACAUACACACACUUAAUACGCAGAUAUACACACUUACAAAAGACACACGUACAGACACAAACACAAUACACACACUUAAUACAUACACAGAUAUACACACUUACAAUAGACACAUACAGACACAAACAUAAUACACAAUACACACACUUAAUACAUACACAAAUAUACACACUUACAAAAGACACACGUACAGACACAAACACAAUACACACACUUAAUACCAGAUAUACACACUUACAAUAGACACGUAAAGACACAAACAUAAUACACAUCAUAUGAUUAUACAUAUAUAUAUGUGUGUGUAGGAAUAUCUAUUUAGAAAUACUUAGAAUUUAUUCUGCUAUGUGCAGGACAUUGGAAUGUGAAAUAUUACAGUAAAUACACAGUAUAACACUUUAUUACAUAUGAAUAUUGCAUGAAUAUGUUUUUACUACUUGACAGCAAAGGGCUCCAAUGCAAUGUAUAUGUUUGUAUCUCUAUGUUAAAGCCCUUUGCAGCCUUUAUUUUCUAACACCUGAGACCUCAUAUCUUUGAGCCUUUAUAACUUUUGUGUUCAAUUUUUUGGAAUAAUUUUUAUUAGAUGGUGUUAUAAUGAGUAUAACUGUACUUUGCAAUUUAUUUUUGAUGUUUUUUGUGACACUUUUUAGUUUUGCAAAACAGUUAACCAGAGUUUUAAAGAUGCGGUAAUCAUUCUAGCGUAAAUCGCAAUUGCUCUCAAGUUAUCGUCUUUACUUUCCACUCGUAAUAUCAACGGUAAACCCAAAUUGUUAGCGCUCCAUACGUAAUCUGGCCCUUAAUACACAAAACCAAUACACAUAUACUGACACACAAAAAUCACAUAUUGACAUGCGCACACAUACAUACAUACAUACAUACACACAUAUCCAUACACAGAUACUUAAAUAGAAUACGCAUGCACACACAGGCACCAUACACACAUCCAUAGAUACAGAUACACACACGGCCCACAUACACAUGUGCACACACACAGACACAAUACAGAUACGCACAUAUAAUACACAAACACAAUACACAUCUCUAGAUGCAUACACAUACAUAAUAUACACAUACACACGUGCACACACAGACACAAUACACGUGCACACACAGACACAAUACAGAUACGCACAUAUAAUACACAAACACAAUACACAUCUCUAGAUACAUACACAUACAUAAUAUACACAUACACACACACAGACACAAUACAGAUACGCACAUAUAAUACACAAACACAAUACACAUCUCUAGAUACAUACAUAAUAUACACAUACACACGUGCACACACAGACACAAUACAGAUACGCACAUAUAAUACACAAACACAAUACACAUCUCUAGAUACAUACACACACAUAAUAUACACAUACACACGUGCACACACAGACACAAUACACGUGCACACAGACACAAUACACAUACACACAUAUAAUACACAAACGCAAUGCACAAAUCCAUAGAUAUACACACACAUAAUACACAAACAAAAUAUUCACACCCAUACACACAUAACUGUAAUACAAAAUUACAUCUCAUGGUGUAUUAAAUUCACAAGUGUGCGUUUCAAAUACCCCUCUGUUCUAGGUCACUGGUUUUCAUAAAUAUCAGGUUUGAAAACCAGUGGUCUAGGUGUAAUCGCCAUUUAACAGAAUGUAAUACCAGUUAUUUGUGAGGUCCAUGAAGUUAUUACUCUCUCUUUAGCCACUUCUUGACGUUUUAUAUCAUUAAUGAUAGUUAUUCCUGAUAUGCAAUGACAGUUACGUGUUUGUGGGUUUUGAGUCUUUUAUAUUUGUUUUAUUUAUACAAAUUUUUAAGCUUUUUUGUUAAUUUGCACUUUGUUAAAGAAGUUGAUAUUUCAGGGCUUUUGGAAUUAUUAAGCAUUUUUUUUGUAAAAUAAAUUUAUUUCAAUAAUA